AUGUUGUACUUGGCAGGUUUAGCAUUCGCUUACUUGGCGCUUGCAGAUCCAAAAUCGUGCACCAACUCUCAAAAUUGUGCAUCUGGAAAUAACUGUCUAGAUGUCAAUAUAAAUGGCCAGCAAAAAGAGGUUUGCACAAAAUGCGAGGCCACCCACGUCCCGGUCGAGGGGGCGUGCCAGGCGAAGGACGGGCAGGACAAGUGCACGCCGCAGGACGCCCCCGACGGGACCUGCAAGGCGUGCCAGGGGAGCACCUACCUCUACAGCGGAGGAUGCUACGCCGCGUGCCCCGACGGGACCUAUGCAGAUGCCGGGGUCUGCCAACCCUGUGAAGCCUCCUGCGUAAAGUGUGAGAAGAAGGACGCAGGCACCCGCUGUGUGAAGUGCCAGGCCACCCACGUCCCGGUCGAGGGGGCGUGCCAGGCGAAGGACGGGCAGGACAAGUGCACGCCGCAGGACGCCCCCGACGGGACCUGCAAGGCGUGCCAGGGGAGCACCUACCUCUACAGCGGAGGAUGCUACGCCGCGUGCCCCGACGGGACCUAUGCAGAUGCCGGGGUCUGCCAACCCUGUGAAGCCUCCUGCGUAAAGUGUGAGAAGAAGGACGCAGGCACCCGCUGUGUGAAGUGCCAGGCCACCCACGUCCCGGUCGAGGGGGCGUGCCAGGCGAAGGACGGGCAGGACAAGUGCACGCCGCAGGACGCCCCCGACGGGACCUGCAAGGCGUGCCAGGGGAGCACCUACCUCUACAGCGGAGGAUGCUACACCGCGUGCCCUCAGGGAACACCAAACUCUGAGACUAACACAUGCGACGGAGUCCCCGCCCCUGAUUGCAAUCUCCCCAACUGCGAGGUGUGCUCGGAUGACAAGCAGACGUGCACAAAGUGCCAAGGUAACUACUUCCUCACUCCAGAGAAGAACGCUUGCUUGGCGUCUUGUCCGGCCGGGUCGUACGCGGUUGGGCAAACGUGCGGGCCCUGCGACCCCUCCUGUGCGGAGUGCAGCGGGGCCGGCGCUUCCAAGUGCACGGCCUGUCCCGCCGGGAAGAUGCUGAGGUACGCCGACGAGAGCAAUCCUACAGACGGCACGUGCGUGGAGCAAUGCGUGGAGGGUCCAGAGUGCGAGACGUGCGGCCUAACAAUUGGAGGUACCAAGUACUGCUCGAAGUGCAAGGGGAGCAACGUGCCGCUCAAUGGCGUCUGCACGAGCAAUGCGGCCAGGACUCGGUUCUGCACCACUGCCGCUGACGGUGCCUGCACGGCCUGCGCCGCCGGAUACUUCAUCCAGGAGGGCGGGUGCUACCAGACGACGAGGCUCCCCGGGAAAAGCAUCUGCACGACUGACAGUGGAGGGAAAUGCCAAACAUGUGCGAAUGGACAAAACCCAAACAGCGGGACCGGAGUGUGCCCGCUGUGCGACUCCACCUGCAAGACGUGCGCAGCAGGACAGACACAGCAGUGUCAAACUUGCUUCUCUGGGUACUAUAAGUCUGGAACAAAGUGUGUGAAGUGUGAUGCUAGUGACAGCCAAAUUACUGGCGUGACCAAUUGCGUGAGUUGUGCUCCACCAUCUGGUGAUAGCGGUUCUGUCACCUGCUAUGUGAAGAUGGAUGGCACUGACAACGGCGGAAGCGUCAACAAGAGUGGCCUUUCUACCGGCGCGAUCGCGGGCAUCUCUGUUGCUGUGAUUGUUGUUGUUGGUGGUCUUGUGGGCUUCUUGUGUUGGUGGUUCCUGUGCCGCGGAAAGGCAUAG